GCGGCGCCGGGGCCACCGCGGAAAGUUAACUAGCCCGACGCGCCGGGGCCCGCGCGGGACGCUCUCGGCCAUGGGCGAGCACCCCAGCCCGGCCCCCGCCGUGGCCGCCUGUGCCGAGGCGGAGCGCAUCGAGGAGCUGGAGCCCGAGCCCGAGCCUGAGGAGCCGCUGCCCAUGGCCCCCGAGGACCACUGGAAAGUCCUGUUUGAUCAGUUCGACCCUGGGAACACCGGCUACAUCAGCACAGGCAAGUUCCGGAGCCUCCUAGAAAGCCACGGGUCCGAGCUGGACCCACAUAAGAGGGAGGUGCUCCUAGCUCUUGCCGACAGCCAUUCGGAUGGACACAUCUGCUACCAGGAUUUCGUCAACCUGAUGAGCAACAAACGGUCCAACAGCUUUCGCCAGGCCAUCCUACAAGGUAACCGGCGGCUGUGCAGCAAGGCAUUGCUGGAGGAAAAAGGACUGAGUCUCUCCCAGCGGCUGAUCCGCCAUGUUGCCUAUGAGACCCUACCUCGUGAAAUUGAUCGCAAGUGGUACUAUGACAGCUACACCUGCUGCCCCCCGCCCUGGUUUAUGAUCGCCAUCACUCUCCUGGAGAUCGCCUUUUUUCUCUACAACGGGGUGGCCUUGGAUCAGUUUGUGCUGCAGGUCACCCACCCCCACUACCUGAAGAAUGCUUUAGUUUAUCACCCCCAGCUCCGAGCCCAGGCCUGGCGCUAUCUGACCUACAUCUUCAUGCAUGCAGGGAUAGAACACCUAGGGCUCAACGUGGUCCUGCAGCUCCUGGUGGGUGUCCCCUUGGAGAUGGUGCACGGAGCUGCCCGCAUUGGCUUUGUGUAUGUGGCCGGCGUUGUGGCAGGUUCUUUGGCAGUGUCUGUGGCUGACAUGACAGCCCCGGUCGUUGGCUCCUCCGGAGGGGUCUAUGCACUUGUCUCCGCCCACCUGGCCAACAUUGUGAUGAACUGGUCAGGAAUGGAGUGUCAGUUCAAGCUUCUGAGGAUGGCCGUGGCCUUAAUUUGUAUGAGCAUGGAGUUUGGCAGGGCCGUCUGGCUGCGCUUCCACCCAUCGGCAUACCCCCCGUGCCCACAUCCUAGCUUCGUGGCGCACCUGGGCGGUGUGGCGGUGGGCAUCACGCUGGGAGUGGUGGUCCUGAGGAACUAUGAGCAGAGGCUCCAGGACCAGUCCCUGUGGUGGAUCUUCGUGGCCAUGUAUGCAGUCUUUGUGUUGUUUGCAGUCUUCUGGAAUGUCUUUGCCUACGGCUUAUUGGACCUCCGGCUGCCCCCUCCUCCGUGAAGAGCCCCCUUAGGUGGAGGCAGAGAAGCUGAUGGAGAUCAAAUUCUGGAGCAUUUUACUUUCCAUUUAUUUUUCAUUGACAGCUUGGUUUAGAGAGGGAAGGAAGAAAUGAGAUGGCUAGCCGAAGACAUUCACUCAAAGGCCAUUAUGAAGAAAGUUAGGUCUUUCCAGAACAAGCCUGGGGGUGGGCAUUCUGGGUGCUACCGGGUGGCCUGGGCUUGUUCCAGGUUAAUUCACGCCCUCCCUAACUUAAAACUGAGCAAUGCCCCCCUCUCCACCAAAGUGGGACCAGGAAUGAUGAGCAGGAGUCUAGCUCUUGAAAUGACAUAGCUGGCUCAGUGCCUAGUGCUGCUAAAACCUGGAGGGGACAGCAAGAGAAGGACAUUUCCUCUGUAAAGCAGCUGGACCAGAGGCGAAAGAAGAGUCAGUAUGAGAGGUCUUCCGCCUUCCUACAGUGGACUUGCAGUCAGGAAGACCUGGAUUCUAACUCUGCCUUGCAUAUAUAUUGUGUGACCCUGAGCAUUUAUUUUCCUUGGUCCUCAGUUUUCUGUCCUGUAAAAUGAGGGCAUUGGACUCCGUGGAUUUCAAGGUCCCUUCUAGCUCUAAUUCUAUGCUCCUAUAAUCUUGUGGGUAUAAUUGGCAAAGGUGAGAUUCAACAGUCAAAGUGGGAGGGUAGCCUCUUAUGAGAUGAUGUGGGUGUUAUUUUCCUCCAAAGUUUCAAUUCAGGAGAAGGGAGGAAGGAGAGAGACCUAGCCCAGGAUGAGUUGGAGUGUCAGCUCAGCCUUCCCUUCCCCCACUGAUGAGCCUGUUCCUGUCCCAAGAUAAACCUAGACUAGGAAGUAAAUUCAGGGUACCUUGGAUGCUGCUUGGUACCAAUCCUUCCAAGACACAAUCUUAUACUCUGCUCUGGUCACACUCCACCCCCUAAUCCUUGAGUUUAUUUGCUUGGUUUCCCUCUUUGACAUUUGGCCAUGAGGUCCUGGCUCCCUUCUCACCUAACCCUUAUUGCUAGGGUCUUUUCCUUAAAAAAACCUCCUGUGCACCUCCACCACCACUUUAUACCCCCCACUCCAUCUAUGAACACAAGAGUUUGUGUGAGAUGUUGCCUAUCGGGGUCAGAGAGUAGGUGAUAACUGUUGGGCUUAUCCUUUUAAACAAAGCUUCAACAUUCCUUUAGGGACCUCCCCAUUGCAUUCAUCUCCCUCCCCUCUGGUGAUCAUGCUAGAUAAGUGAAUCAGAGCAGAAACAAUGACUCCCCAGCCUUCACUGGGAAUCCUCUGAACUGUGGGAAGAGUGGAGGGGAAAGGGACGCUCCAAGAUGAAGAGCAUCCAAAAUGGUAAGAGUCUGUGCUAUAGUGCACUAGCCCUGGAGUCGGGAAAUCUUGAGUUCAAAUCCAGCCUCAAACACUUGGCAGUGUGACCCCGGGCAAAUCACUUCAUCCUGUUUUCCCCAGUUUCCUUAUCUGUUAAAAUGAACUGAAGAAGGAAAUGACAACCCGCUUCAUCACCCUUGCCCAAAAAAUCCCUGAUAGGCUCACAAAGAGUUGGACAUGACUGAAAUAACAAAACAAAACUGAAGGAAUUGGGGGUGUUUAGCCUGGAGAGGGUAAAAAUGAGAAGGACGUCAUAACUCUCUCCAUGUAUUUGAAGGGUUGUCACCUGGAGGGGGUCCAUUACACUCCAUUUGAAUCCCAAAGGCAGGCUAGGGACAAUGAGGGAAGUUAUAAGGAGGGGAAUUUAAGAUUGAGACCAGGAAAAAUUUCCUGUUUGAAUUGUUUAAAAAAAAAAAAUGGAACAUCCACCAAGAAGAUUUUAAGCAUGGUUCCAGCUGAGAAUGGGUCCACACCCAUUUGGAGGGACAUGUUACCAGGUUGGCCAUAGCAUCUCCUCACAAAGUCGUGCUUAAUUAGAGUACGGGGGAGGAAGUGUCCCCUCAAGAAUACUUGGAAGUAUGCAGUGGUCUUAGGAAACUAAGACUCCCUAUGAAGGGAAUUAGGAGAUAAGAGACUGCUACAAGAGGGUAAGGUAGAAAGGAGUUCUGGAUAUCUGUUGAAUGCUGCAGUGAGACAUGUUAGCAUCUCAUAGUAGACUCAUAGAGGAUUAGACCUAGGAAGACCUAGAGGUUAUUUGGUCCAACUUGGUCAUCUUGCAGAGGAGAAAACGUGGCCAAAAUAAGGGAGGAAGUCACUUCUCCAUCUACCUAGACAGAUAGGCCCUAUUCUAAAAGGAUAGACAUGCUAUAUCAUUUCAUAUUGACUGUUCCAUUUGUUGGAGUUGGCCAGACAGGCAAGAUAGCUUCAGAACAGCCCGAACCUGAGGAGUCAAGCGAUUUGCUGCUUCAGAAUGUCAGGCAGCUGGGUCUAGGGAGAAGCUUUCGGUUGGUCAUAUGUCCCAACAGAAUCCCUGGAAGAUGGCAGAGUAGCAAUUACCUGUUAGCUGGAGUUGGACUCUUUGAAAAAACAUCUAAGUUCUUCCCUAUGAUAGUGGGUUUAAGGUGGGCAUCCAGGAACUCAAGUUAGUGCUUUUCCUGGGGAAAAAAUCUGUAGUCUGUUCCUCUAGGACUGCUUCCAGAGGGUAUCCCUACCCCCUUCCUAGGUAGCUUCUGUCCAGGACCAAAGUGCGGUUCUCCACCAGCCUUUCCACUCUCGAGUCCCAAUAACCAGAGCAACUCUAGUACGCUCCAGACCCCCCACCGAAGUAUCACCUGAGCUGUGCCAAGGACAAACUGAGUGCUACCCACUUGCCUUUUUGCAGCAACCAGAGACUGGGCUUCCAGAUCUUUUUGCUGGGCAGCUGAGUAUAUGAACACAGCCCCCUACCUCAUUCACCAGGGGUACUUUGGUUUUUCCCCAGCUGAUGCUCUCCCCUUUUGGGAAAUAGGUACUUGGGUUACCAGGUAAUGGUGGUUUGGGAUUGGGCUGGGUGGCUCAGUAGCAGCUUCUUAUUGCUAAGGAGAAUGAUUGGAAAGGGAAGGAGGGGCUUCUGAGUCUCUGUUCUGUCUCAUCCUCCAUUCCCCCUAAAGUAAGGCUUUCUCAAGUCGAGGGCCAGGAGCAGAUGGAGCCACUAGAUGGGUUUUGUCAGAAUUUUCUCUGCAUUAGGGGGUUCUAUGCUUAGUCAAUCCUGCAAGUUCCCAACCCCUGAAGCCAUGGGUAGGAGGGGAGAAAUCUGCCCACUUGACUUCCUUAGUGAAGAGAUGGUGAUGAGAGGCUCAGAAGCUCUUGGAGGCUGGCCCACUUUGCUCUAAACUUUAGCCCUGGGUUCAUUCUGUAAUGGGGACCAGAGUGUGGAACAAUCCCCCACACCAAUGUGUCACCUCUGCUCUUCCAGGAAUGAGGAAAUAUGGGCCGGUGACUCCGUUAUUACCUUCCUCACAAUGUCCAAUUCCACCCUCCUCGUCCUCUCUGGUGCCUACAAUGGCUGCUCCUUGCUUUCUAGAGAGGGGUACUCUCACAUAACAUCGAUCCCCUACCAAGUUGCCCUUUUAAUGAACCAUUAAAUAAUGACACUUGGAAGUGGAGUCACGAAUGGGCAGAAGUCUAACCCCCCAUCCUGUCUUCUCAGAUCUCCACUGAGCACGGCAAACUCACUGAACUGGGCAGCCGUGGGAAUUUCUGCACAAAUGAAGGGGGUAAUUGGUGGUCCCAGGAUCACAAAAACACCAACCACUCUUAGUUCGGGGUCACAGGAAGAUGGGUUUGCACCUCCCACCUUUUUCCUCCCGUCACCAGGGUACCCCUAAAAGUCACCCCAUUCCUCGACUCCCUUCAACAAUUCAUGUCUUAAUUUUUUCUCUCUUCCUUUCCUUUCCUAGUACAGUUACUCCAGCUAGUCUGACAUUGAAACCAGGAGCUUGGAAUGGGGAAAUUGGGUGGGGAAGUACUGAAACUGGUUUACAUCUUCAGUCUAGACUAGAACAAGGCCUGGGGGGAGAUGGGCUGGUGAUUUAUUAGAGUUUUGUCUAAUUUGAAUCCAAAGGAUGGAAAAUACAGAAAUGGCAGUGAGAUUACUAUACUAACUAGGUAAUCACAGCACUUGGAGGAGGGGGGAAAGAUCCUUCAAAGGAGAAAUGUGUUUUAUAUGCCAUUAAUCAUUUGAGAUUUUAAAUAAGGAAAACUCCUUAAUGAGGCUCUUCUACAAUGUCGGCAAAGCCUCCACCAGCUGAGGGCACUUCUGCUGCUGAGGUGAGGACCUGCAGCUGGCUUCCCAUAACAACUGUUAAUAUCUAGAGACAAAUGAAAGUCAUCACUCACCCAACCCAAUACAGUUUCCUUUCAGCUCCCAACUUAAUUUGCAAAUAAUAUUGAUUCCUGGGGCCUGUGGAUUUUUCCUAUUUUGGAUAUCAUCAAUGCUACUUCCCAUGGUAACUAGAGCAUCGAUAACAUUUCUGCCUUAAAUAAAAGUGCCCAACAGAUGAUUCCCUUCUCCUCCAAGGGCUAGAGAAAGUUGGUAGUUGAGAAGUAGCCCGAGCUGCAAUGUUUGUUUCUAAAUAUUUUUGUAUUGUGUACAUUCUGUAUAUUUUUGUUGUAACAGAUAUUAUUUGAGCACAGAAUCCAUUAAAGAUUCUUUUGGGUAAA